AUGUCGCUUCUAUCGAAAAAUUCGAAACUAUUCAGUCGUCUUCCACUACUUAUUCGUGUCUCUCGUUCAGCGACUGCCACACCAACGAAAACACCUGAAUAUACAACUAUUAAUAGGAACCUCGGUGCUAUGAAGACGAUGCCUGGCAUUCCAAUGAUGGACACUCAAGGUGGUCCGCAGAAGGUCCGCAAUGAUAAAAUGUACGUCGUCGGAGGCUUUCUCAUCGGCGCUCUCAUAGUCUAUGGCUUUCAUACAGCAUCGAAGGAAGAAUCAAAAGAUGGCAAAGAAAAAAAAGAAUCCAAGAACGGUGAAGAAGAAAAAGAAACGAAGAACAAAAAACAAGACUCAACCAAGAAGGGCAAAGAAGAAGAACCUAAAGAGGAAGAAGCGCAAGAGCAAGAAGAAGAACCGCAAGAGCAAGAAGAAGAACCCCAAGAGCAAGAAGAAGAACCCCAAGAGCAAGAAGAAGAACCACAAGAGCAAGAAGAAGAAUCAAAGGAGAAAGAAGAAGUACCGAAGGGCAAAAAGCAAGCAUCCAAGGGCAACGAAUCUCAAGAGUCUAAGGGCAAAGAGCAAAAAUCGGAGGGUAAAAAAGGCAAAGGAGAAGAACAAAAGGACAAGAAACAAGAAUCCAAGAGCAAUAAAUCUCAAGAAUCUAAGGACAAAGAAGGAAAAGAACAAGAAUCCAAGGGUAAACAAACCCAAGAACCUAAGGGCAAAGAAGGCAAUGAAGAAAAACCGAAAGACAAAGGAAAAGAACCAAAGAAGAAAGAAGAAAAAUCAAACGACAAAAAACAAGAAUCCAAGGGUAAAGAAUCUCAAGAAUCUAACAGCAAAGAGCAGAAACCGAAAGGGAAAGAAGAAAAAGAACAGGAAUCCAAUGGCAAAGAACCGAAGGCCAAAAAAUAA